CACCCUCGGUAAUGAGUCAGAAACAAAGAAGAAAACCCUCGUGGACUGUGAUUCGCCCUUUAUUCUCGACUCUGAGACGUCAUACUCGCUUGGCUAUAGAUGGAGCUCUGGAGCCCAGGCCAGCCCUUCAGUGCAAGCCCAUGAAAGCGCAGAGGGAUGGUGGUGGGGGGGAUGCUGUGUGUAUGGAUAAGUAUGUGGGGAUGUGUUACAGAAGCAGGCUGGUCUUUAAUGUAACUGGAGAGCUUCUGUAAUCUGCAAAGGGCGAAGAGAGAGCGCGAGAGAGGAGGUACCCAGUGUAUCUCCCAUACACUUCCCCCCCAGAGCAGGCACAUCAAAUCCAGCUUCAUUGCCAUCAGGAGCCCCUCUCUGGUCCCCCUCCCCAAACCCCUCCCCCUCCAGGCUGCUUACAUUAAGGAAUGAUGAAAAAAAAUAAUUCUGCAAAAAGGGGGCCACAGGAUGGAAACCAGCAGCCCUUGCAGCCAGAGAAAGUCGGCUGGGUGCGGAAAUUUUGCGGGAAAGGCAUUUUUAGAGAAAUCUGGAAAAACCGUUAUGUGGUUUUAAAGGGAGAUCAGCUGUAUAUCUCAGAAAAAGAGGUGAAAGAUGAGAAGAAUGGCCAAGAAGUGUUUGACCUGAGCGAUUACGAGAAAUGUGAAGAGCUCAGGAAGUCGAAAAGCAGAAGCAAGAAGAACCACAGCAAGUUCACGCUUGCACACUCCAAGCAGCCUGGGAACACGGCACCAAACUUGAUCUUCCUCGCAGUCAGCCCAGAGGAGAAAGAGUCCUGGAUCAAUGCCCUCAACUCUGCAAUCACCCGAGCCAAAAACCGCAUCUUGGAUGAGGUCACAGUCGAGGAGGACAGCUAUCUCGCCCACCCAACUCGCGACAGGGUGAAGAUCCAGCACUCGCGACGCCCCCCGACCCGGGGACACUUGAUGGCUGUGGCAUCUACCUCAACGUCUGAUGGUAUGCUCACCCUGGACCUCAUCCAGGAGGAGGACACCUCUCCCGAGGACCACGGGACCUGUGCCGAGAGCUUCCGCGUGGACCUGGACAAAUCCGUGGCCCACCUGGCAGCCGGGCGGCGCCGGUCCGAUUCGGAGAAUGUCAAGCCCUCAGAGAAGGGUCGGUCAGGGAGCCUCCCGCGGCGGGAGGUGAUCUCCUGGGACAAAUCGGGGCAGCGUGACACCAUCGACAAGGGGCCUGUGUACACGCCGCAGGUCCCCAAGAAGCUCUCUCACUCAGAAAAGAACAAAUGUGCCUCCUUGGAGGAGAUCCUGUCCCGCCGGGAUUCCUCCGCGCACCGGGCGGUGCUGAGGAGGGGGCUCGAGGCCCAGUUUGCCUCGGCGGAGCCGGAGCAGCUGGCCCGGAUACAGGAACUGGUUGCACUGAAACUGGAAAAAACUCAGGAACUGCUGACAGAGGUGAAGGGCUACGGGGAAGGGAAACGGAAGACAAAGGAUCUCACCACCAGCACCACCCCCUCCGGCACCUCCUCCUCAUCCUCUUCCAGGUCGGACUCAGAGAGGAUCCUGCAGGAGACGGAGAGGUUGCUGGGCGAGGCCUCCUCAGCCUGGAGCCAAGCCAAGAAGGUGCUGCAGGAGAUCAAGGAGCUGAGGGACCUGUACAAACAGCUUGACCUGCCACUCUCGGACUCUAAGCCCAAGCAGGGCUCACAGUCUCAGUACAGGAAGAGCAUGAUGUGAAGGCAAGCGGGGGAGUCUGGGCGGCAAGGGAUGGGGGCAGAGAGGGGGAUUUUUUUUAUUAUUUCCAGUGUUCGAAGCAGUACAAGGUGCCUGUUCUCACCCAGCUUGGCCCCAUCCCAACCCUCGUGUUCCCCUCUCCGUGCCCCGUCCCCAGACAAAACAACCACGUGUUCCAAUAAACCACUUGGAUUCCUCCUUUUUUUUUUUAAAGCCUCCGUUCCCGCUCCAUGUUCUGUCCCUGCUGCACUGGUUCCAUGCCCCUUGGAGGGCAGAAAGCCCCCAAGAGACCCCAGCUUGCUUGUACAUCCAUGGGACAGCCGCUCUCGCUUGGUAUAAAAGCCCCAGCUUUGCUGUUGUCAGCCUGUGGCUGUGGCCUGUGCUUUGGCUGUCCAACUAAGAGCAUUGGCAGCUUGGGCUUCUCUUUCCCAGCCAGCACUUGGCAGCCCUGUUUCAAAGAUGCGUCAAGAUGCAUCCAAGCUGAGUGGGGAGUCAACUGUCCGACCUAGGAGAUCCCUACUUGAAGGUGGCCGCGGGAGCCUCCUGGGAGCCAUCACCGGACUGCAAUUCACUGGGAUUUUCACUAGCUCAGGUCCUGCACUGAUCCAACUCCCCCCUCACUCGCUGGCAGGCAGCGGCUGUUAGCGUGGUA